AUGGAUUUCCGAAUAUGGAUGCCUAAUGGCGCGUGGCAGGACCCACCUGAGCUGGAUCUUUCACCAUCGGUUCGACAACUCCUGAUUCUCGAUCUGAUCUAUAUGAUUCAUAUAUCUCAGACUCUAGAUUAUUAUUCACACCGGUCGAUUCAUCCUAUACUUCCGCUUGUCUAUCAAUUAUUUUGA